AUGAAAAUGUUUAAAAACAACAAUAACAACGUCGUCGUGAGUCAAAAAGGAGGAUUGGGAGAGGGUGGAAUGGUUAAAAUAACCGAAUCGGAUGUUGAUGAUGUUGUUGUGACGAAAGAAGGAAAUAAUGGACAGGAAUUAAGGGAACCCCCGUUGGAAAUUCGUUUGACAUCCGUUGGUAACGAAUAUCGAAGGAGAAGAUCAUCUACUAGGGUUCAUUGUAAAAGGCACGUGAGAAGAAUCGUGUCGGAUUGUAGGCGAGCAAAAAGAUGCAACAAAUAA